AUGAAGACAACUCUCAAUGAAGAAGCUUACAAUGAAAGAAGAUGGAACAAGAAGCAUAAGCCGGCUAGCCGGCGAAACUUAACCAAGCAAUCCAGUUAUAAGCUUCACGCACACAUUAUAAUGUUGCGUAGCUGCUCUUUAAACCACAACAAGAGGCCAAUAAAAGUUGAUACCUUCUCGAUUCACACACUCAAUGUUGUAGCUGUAUGUGAAAGAGUUCUAAAAUGCAAACGUGGUGUCAAAGUUUCCGUUGACGUUUUGAAAAGACUUGACAAAAAUUCAAACGCAAGUGUGGUCGAUGUUCUUCCACAACCGCCAGGACCAAUUCCAUUACCAAUUAUUGGAAAUCUCGCACUUCUCGGUCAAUAUAAGAAUCCUUUCGAAGGUUUUACUGCUUUAGGAAAAAUUUAUGGUGAAGUUUAUAGUUUAACUUUGGGAACAACGCGAUGUAAGGAGGAUUCGAGAAAUCUCCUUAAAAGGUAG